AUGGAAUUGGAAACAGCACGCGCAAAUUAUCCAAACAGACUAGAGAGGUUAGAAGAAGAACGUCUUAUGGACAUGCCUUUCGAUGUUAGUGAACCUCAAGUUGAAGGACACGACGGCUUUGCCAGAUUCUACUGGAAACAUGACGAACAAUUGCAUCCUUUGAGAAGGAAAAAAGGUAGUGCAGAGGAUGGUCAUGCUCCCAUGGAAAGAACAAGAUAUGCAUAUGAAAAGUAUCGUGAAGUUAGAAGUCAAAUUACAUCUGGUCGAACCUUUACAGUAAACUUUGACGAAGGAAAGAACAAAGAAGGCUUCAUGGGU